AUGCCCCAUCAUCACAACCGCUCGACACAUGGCUCAGAUCGGAGUCGGAGAAGCAGUACACAACACGAAUCUCCAUUGGAGAAAUAUAGAAAGGCUAUACCGACAUUGGCUAUUGGACAUGCAACGAAGAAAGAAUGGAAGCCUAGUUUCGCUGACGAGCUGCUUUUCCUACAAGUUGCAAAACGAUUUAAUGACAGAUGUAGUGACGAUGAUCGACGGAGACAGCAUACGUUGAAUGUUCCGGAGGGCCCCGAGGCGCGUUUGCUCAAGCAAUUUUUUAAAUGCACGUACUACUUCUUGGUGGAGGCCGAGCACCUUCCUGCGUUGGGAAAAGCGGAUGCAGAGCUAAGAAGGGCUUGUGAAGUUCAGAAAGCAAUGUGCAGUGCUGCCCGUUCUCGAGUUGAAAAUGGACAUGCACUCAGUCGGAAAUUGAAGGAGCUCGAAAAGAAAAUGCAGGCUGUCAACAGUGCUUCUGGGAACAUGGACCAAUUGCAUGGCAUAGAGUCCGAGUUGGAACAGAUUGACAGAGAGGCCCUUCAGUUGAGGACGGAAGUAAACUCAAGGUAUGGAGAACUUGAAGAAGCUCUCAAGACACCAAGAAGGCUAUGGAAGGAAAAUCAUCCUGACCAAUACCAGAAAAAGUCGAAAUUAACGUCAUCCGCUGUGGAAGGCUUCAAGGAGCGGCUAUACACUGGCACCUUGAGCAUCACGGCCUUACAGAAUAGCAAAUCGCAACACCCGGCGUAA